AUUGUCAGACAGUCAUAUAAAGGUCAGAGACAAUCGAGGGGAUCAACAUUGAGCCCCCUAGACUUCUCACCCUCUGUCACUUUUGCCCUCAAAGUCUGUCAUAGUCAACAUGGCUGCCCGUUGGUCGACCCUCCUCACUGCUGCAGCCAGUCUUUGCCAGACGGCUGUUGCGGAACCCGUCUUUCGUGAGACGGUCUCUUUCCAGGGUCCGUUCGAAGUCGAGAGAAAUGGAGUCCGUAACAUCAAUAUCGAGUAUAAUGGCCCCCUCGAUGGAGAGCUGUCCAUUGUCUACGGUGGUUGCGGGAUGAGAAGUCCCUUCGAAGCUCACCACAAAAUCGGAAGGACACACAUCGGAUCCCACCCUGCUGCGAAGCGCCAUCUGGAGUGGACGGAUCAAAGACCGACCAAGUUUGUAUGGAUGGUGCCGGAAGAUGUUUCCUCAGGUUGCUUGCAAGCUUUCGUUGACAGCCAGCUCGUUGGCCGCUCUUCAGAACAUUCUGUCAAGAGUCGCAAAAUGAGGAAACGUGCAACUUUCGCCGAGGCCACCGACCCAAUGGGACCUUGGUUCGAUGGCGUCGAGUACCUGAAGCAGAAGCAACCUGACGAUGUGUUUGUUGCAUCAGUCAAGAACAAGACGUUUGGUAUUCUGGGCGCUGGCAUUUCUGGUCUGCACACUGGUUUGCUGCUCGACUCAGUUGGAAUCCACAACUGGAAGAUCCUAGAGUCUUCAGAGAGAGUUGGAGGACGUAUUCGUACCACCUACCUUAACGGAUCAACUCCAGACGAGCACCAGCACCACGAGUUGGGACCUAUGCGGUUCCCGCACAGCAUUUACGAUGCCGAAACCAACGAGACUUACCCCAUCAACGAUCAAAAGAUGAUUUACCAGCUGGCGGAUGUUCUCAACGAGAUCAACGCUGACGCGGAUCCUGCCCUGCAAGUCAAGUUCAUCCCCUGGAUCCAGGUUUCUGACAAUGCGCCUGUUGCCACCAAGGAGCGUCGCCCUGAUGGCACUGUUCCGGGUCGCAAGGAGAUCACUGCUGAUCCCUCUCUCAUGACCAACACAACCUAUUCCAACGCUACCGCAGCCAAGGAAGCCAUCCAGGCUCUUGACGACUUUAAGGCUUUGACUCCUGAGAGACGGAAGGUCUACGCUACCAAUGUCUUCAAGGCUCAUAAGGAGGCUGUUGAGACUGGCAUGUUUGACUUUUCCGAGGUUGAGUACCUGCUUCACGUUAUGCACACCGACCUCAACGUGACUGAUGAAGUCACUCCCUCUCAAGUCGUGUGGCCCAUGUGGGAGUUUGAGACUGUCUACUUCCUGGCCAACGAGUGGCGCACGGUUGAUGGCGGUAUCAGCCGCCUUCCCGCUGCCUUUGAGAACAUCAUCAAAGACCGCAUCACCUACAAGACCAAGGUCUUCAGCGUCAAGUACAACGAGGACUCCAACAACCUCAAUGUCACCUGGCGUGAGACUGGAGGCAAUCCCUGGUCGAAGAACACCACCACCGAACAGUUCGACUACGUGUUUAACAGCGUUCCGUUCAACGUGCUCAAGUAUUGGGAGCUGCCGCCUCACUCUAGCUUGAUGCGCCGCGCCAUUGAGCGCACAGUCUUCCUGGGUGCCGUCAAGGUUGCCAUGCAGUACAAGACUCGCUUCUGGGAGCACCUCGAGCACCCCAUCAUCGGCGGAUGCGGACGCACCGACAUCUACGGCAUCGGCCAGAUUUGUUACCCAUCCUACAACAUCAACGGAACCGGCCCAGGUGUUAUGCUCACGAGUUAUGCACCCGACGCUGAUGCAGUUGUCGUUUGCUCCAUGCCUGUCGAGGAGCACAUCGCCUACAUCCAGCGCGCCAUGGUUGAGAUCCACGGACCCGUUGCCGAUGAGAUGUGGACGGGCAAUUACGAGCGUCACUGCUGGGAGCAGGAUGAGCACCAUGCAGGAGCCUUUGCUGUCCCUAUUGUCCCUCAGCAGCAGCUUUACUUGCCUGCUUUCUGGCAGACUGAGUUCAACACUGUCUUCAUUGGCGAACACACCAGUUUCACCCAUUCUUGGGUUUUCAGUGCCCUUGAGAGUUCUACGCGUGGUACUGUUCAAAUGUUGUUGGACCUUGGUCUGGUUGAUGAAGCCAAGCAGAUUACCAGGACGUGGAUGGCAAGGUGGAUCAGUAUUUAA